AUGGCGCUGUCCAUGAUCGCAUUGUGCACUGCCUUGCACUCCUGUGCUAUCCAGGAAGUGUGGCUUGGUGGUGAAGCCAGCCAGCACACACAUCUGCACCAGGGCCCACUGAAGAGUGCGCAGCAGGUGCGUCCCUGCUCACAGGGCGCCACCUUGACCUGGCGUAUGCAGGCCAGCAGCGCGAAUGUGCUUGUGCUCUUGGCAGUGAAAAUUUCUAUUCUACUAGGUGUUUCCAAAACUGAUUCUAUACAGCCGUACCCGCCUUUUACAAUUGCUGUCUUUUUUAAUUACAAUUUGGGAGGAGAAGUGCCCCUGCCCCACCCACUUUGGUGGAGCUUUCCACACGACAGCCGCUGUUAUAAGCGUUCCCCUCUCCAAGGUUGCUGGGCGGUGCCGCUGCCGCUGCCUUCUCUGGCCGUGCACUUGCAGGAAAGACAUGGUAAAAUCUCAAUGGACAUCUUUGUGAGAAAAUUUCAGCCAGACAGAUACCAGCUUUGGAAACAAGGAAAGGAUAUAUACACCAUAGACCACACAAAGCCUACUCCAGAAUCUACCCCUGAAGUAAAAGCAUGGCUGCAGAGGAGAAGGAAAUUAAGAAAAACACCCAAGAGCGCCCAGUGCACUAGGUCUCAUUCUAAAAGGCCCAAAGCUGAGGAGGAUGAGGAAGUGUCACCUGAAGUCAAUGGGGAGGAGGUCCCCAGCUGUGACCUAGGCCCAGAAAACUGCAAGCUUGGUGGAAAUACAGAAGAAGGAUCAAAGCUGGGGAUCACAGACACAGUUUCAAAACAAGAGACCUCUGUCAGCAGGAUGCAGAAGGAUCAGAAUUUAUCAGAUAAUACCAAACUCUCAGGAAAUAGCUGCUUAAGUGCAUCUGUGAUGGAAGAAACAAAAACUGAAGAUGAGAAAGCCUGUGCCAUAACUACACCAUCUAUGUCUAAGAAGCCCAGUGAUUCCAUAUCAUCUAGUGGUCAGGUGAAAAUGGAAGAAUCAGACCCACCUGAGUACCCAUGGCCAAAAUCUCCUGAGUCAUAUUCUUCAGUGGCAGAGAGUAAUGAUGUGUUUACAGAGGGAGAAGAGAGUGAUGUUGAGGGCCAUGGAAGUGGCCUGGAACCUGGGGAAAUCCCAGUGCUCCUCAGUGAAGAGAGAAACAGCUUCAAAAUUCCCAGUACAAUAGAGGGAGAGACCAAAACUGCUAAGAGUUGGCGCCAUCCACUUACUAAGCCUCCAUCCAGGUCCCCAAUGACUGUUGUAAAGCAGCAGGUGGCAAGUGAUGAAG